AACAAAUUAAGAAUUGUUUACCGUAUUUAAAGGAUCCCUCUAUACAACACAGCCUAGAGCCAUUUAAAUUCCACCCUCUCAUUACAACUUUCCCUUUUUCUUGCGCCACACGUAUACUCUCCUUUUCUGUUCUCUCUCUCUGGCCAUUCUCAGUUUUUAUUUUUUAUUAAAAAAUUAAAAAAGAAAAGAAACCACCCACCUACCACCACAGCAACCAAAUAGACUUUUUCUUUUCUUUUGAGAUAGAAGAAGAGCAUUAAAAUAGAGUUGUUGAGAAAUUUGGUUGAUAUAUGGGGGAAAAGCUGAUGAUGAAUUAUAAAGCAGUAGAGUAUGGAAAUGAAAUGGUAAUGAUGGGACUCGGUGUUUCUCAGAAGAUGGGUGGAUUGGAUCUUAUGCAGAACUGUGAUCUUCCUCCGCCGAUGAAAGUCUAUUUGGGACCUGAAAAGACCAUUGUGCCCCCGUCAAUGAAACAGUACAACAGACUGUUCAAUCCCAUGAGUAUGGGUCUUAAUAAUAAUCCAGAAAAAGGAGACAAGAACGAGUUUGAUGAUGAUGAUGACGACGCCGUUGUAGGAGCAGGGAAUUACGACAAGCUGGAGCUUUUAAAGGCCUUGCGGCUGUCCCAAACCAGGGCCAGAGAGGCAGAGAAGAAGAUCAAAGUUAUGGCUAAGGAAAAGGAUAGUCUUUCAAAGGCUUUGGUUGAUGAGGCUAAGAUACUGUUUGCUCAUCGCCAGUGGGUUAGAUUGCUUGAGCUUCAAGCUUCUACCUUGUGCUCUAAAUCCAAGGUCAGUGAUCAUAAUCGUGAUCCUCAUCAAAAUGGGAGUUGUAUCAGUUGGGUGUUGGCUUUUGCGUUUUGUUUGGGCAUUGCUGCAAUUGGAUGCACUUACAUGUUUUGAAAAGGAAAAAAAAAAAAGACAAUGUACAGGGUCUCAAGGAAGCUUUUUUUUUUUUUUUUGUAAAGACAGCAAGCGUAUUACAGAGAAAAAUGGCUGCUGUAAAGCAGAUUGUAUUGUAUUAUAAUGAUAUAGUUAAAGUGGUCCAUACAUAAUCAUCAUUAUAUCAAAGAGAGUAGGCAUUAUUGUCUAA